AUGACACCGUCCCUACUCCGCCCGCAGGUCCAUUUGUCCAAUGCUGAGGCACUCAAGCUCGCGCAGCUGGCGCCGGAGGUGCUGAAGAGCAACCCGAAGGUGUUCUCGGCGUCGCCAUUGGCCGCCAUGUUCUCUGCAUCGGAGACUGGUGAUGUGUGGACAAUUUACGAGAACCUUCUGCUGGCCUGCCUACGAACCGGCGACGAGAAGGCGGCCUCGGACUGCCUCGAGCGAAUCGUUAUUCGAUUUGGACCCCAAGAUGAGCGCGUGAUGGCGUUAGAGGGCCUGUCAAAAGAGGCAAAGGCUACGAAUAAUGACGACCUCGAGAAAAUCCUGAAAGAAUACGACGCUAUUCUAAAGGAGAACGAUGCCAAUAUUCCCAUUACCAAGCGCAAAGUCGCGCUUCUUCGAUCGAUGGGCAAGAUUUCGGAAUCCAUCGCCGCUCUAAAUACUCUCCUCGAAUUCAACACUACUGAUAGCGAGGCUUGGGCCGAGCUGGCAGACAUGUACCUGGAGGAGGGUCUGUACGCCCAGGCCAUCUAUGCCUUGGAGGAAGUUUUGGUUCUUCAGCCAAACUCCUGGACUGCUCAAGCUCGACUCGGAGAAGUUUCCCUAAUGGCUGCGUCAGCGUCGACGGAAGGAUCUGGGCAACAAUACGUUGUCGAAGCACUGAAACGAUUCUCCCGAAGUGUUGAACUUUGCGACGAUUUUCUGCGUGGAUAUUAUGGCCUGAAGCUGUCGUCCGACAAACUGCUCGAUGGCUCCAGCAAAGGAAAGAAGCAACAAGACGACGGAUUCCCUGUACCCAACGUCAAGACUAUACAAAAACUGAACGAACUUGCCACAACAAAGCUUGCAGAGAUUGUGCGCCGACAUGGGGCCCAAGAAAAGCUGUGGCAAGGGUACGAUGCGGCCGAGGUUGCUGCGGCGCGAGAACUCCUUUCCAAGUCAUCAGCCCAAGUGGUCAGGUAA